AUGCUGCUGUCUAGCCCCUUAUUGUUGUUGUUUCUGUUGUUGCAGCUGCGUCACAGUUCUAGCUAUGAAUUAAAUAAGCCGCCGCCGUUCUGCUCCCCAUACGAGAUGUUGAUUGUGAAUACCCAUCAGUGUGUGCGUCGUUGUCACAUUUUGUGCGUGGAUGGCGUUUGCUUUGAGGAUGGGCCCUGUCCCUGUGCCGAGCAAUAUAUGACGUCAUUCAUGAAGGGUCUGGUCUGUGCUGCUGACUGUUUGCCAGGUUGCAAAGAGGCCGGUGGAUACUGUGCAGCGCCCGAUCUGUGCGUGUGCCGUAAAAAUAAACGAUACUAUUUCGAUCCGGUGACCCGUCUUUGUCGCCGGCGUGGACCACAUUUGUUGGAUCGUUGUCGCGGGCGCUGCAUUAACGGUCGUUGCUCAUAUAACGGUGAAUGCAUCUGUGCACAAGGCUACGAGCUGCGGACCACGCUUCGAGGGAUAGUGUGUAUGCCAAUAUGUACAUUCGACUGUGGACGGAAGGCAUUUUGUUUUGCACCCAAUAUGUGCGCCUGCAGACACAAACACCAUCAUUAUGGAUGGGACGGGAAAUGUACGAAGGAUUACUGA